AUGUCAAUGGCCGCCUACAAGACGACGCAAUACCACCAUGAUUCAGACCCCGACGACGAGUACCUGCGUCCGACAUACCACUCGCCCACUCUGCCGCGCUCCCACUUGCAGAACGAUCAUUCUGACGACGACGACGACGACAUGACGACCAGUGCCGAGCACACGCCCACCACCUUCAGCCACUCCCUGUCGCAUUCCCUCAACCCAAGUCCGACCGGCCUCAUCACCCAGUGGACCGCUGAGCAAGUCGCCGACUGGGUCGCUGCCCUGGGUCUGAGCCAGUAUGCCGACGCUUUUGUCGACGAGGCCAUCACCGGGCUGGCUCUUGUCGAGAUGCAACACCACGACUUCAAAGAGAUGGGCAUCAUGAGUGUUGGGCACCGCUUGUCUCUGCUCAAAGGCGUAUACAAUAUCAAGAUCAAGCAAAACAUCCCUCUGGACCCGGAUCAUUACGUACCCCUGUCCGCUGGAGACAACGCUUCGGACGGAACAGCUACCCAGGACGAUAUAACUCGCAUCAUUGAUAUCAUUCGCCAUCGCGACUCUCGCAUUCUGUCAGCCGAGAUCGAGCUCCGAACUCUACGUGACCAGUUCGACCGCAUAUCAGAAGAGAACAGAAAGCUGCGCGAGGAUACUCUGCCCGUAAUUCGCAUGGUCAAAGAUCGUUCCCAGCUACCUCCGACUCCGGCAGAUGGACUCGGUACUCCUCCAGCGGACAUCAAGCCUGAGAAGAUAACCAGUGGCUUAUCGCGCAAAUUCUCGACCAAGAAGCUCUUCCUCGGAGGUGCUCCAAAGAACCCCUCGCCUACCAUCCACGAGUCCUCCACCCUUGAUCCUUCUGCCGCAGCGAUCGCUGCAACUUCUCACUUGAAUCCAUCGCACCCCCAGAACUCGCCCAGUCAACUUUCACAACCAUCUCCUACAUCCCCCGCAUAUGCUUCUUCGGCACAAGCCAUGUCUGCUGGAAAUCGUUCCUUCCCACGCGACGUCCCUCCAUCAGCUCGCCCUUCAUACGUCGAGGACCCGCGUCAAUCACAUGUGUCCCACGCGCCCUCUACGAUAGCACCUUCAAGCCGUCGUCAAGCGGUAACACCGGUACCUCCACAGGAAGACCCGCCGAACAGUGCUCCACUCCCACGCUCUUCUCGUGAGAAGGACAACCCACAAGUCGAAAUAUUCAAAUCUUUCCGUGUGAGUAUCGAGGAUCCUUGCCACAAAGUCUUGCCUGUAGCUCUUCAGCGGUACAACAUCAACGACGACUGGCAGCAAUAUUCUCUCUACAUUGUCUAUGGCGAUCAAGAACGCUGCCUGGGCCUAGAAGAGAAACCGCUUAUGCUGUUCAAACAACUCGAACGUGAAGGCGGUAAACCCAUGUUCAUGCUUCGUAAACACGCCGCUCCUGUUGGUCAAGGCUGGUCCGCCAAUCGUACUGUUCCUGCCUCAGAGAUGCAGAAUCUCGGCCCCAGUAGGGAAAGCCUGAGAAGAGAUAAUGCGGAUAAUGGCCGAGCGUUACCUGGAGGUGUGCUCUAG